CUACCCUUUUGUUAAUAUAUAAAACGGAGAUUAGAAUUUUUCUAACAAAGAAAUCGGCCGAGUCGUGUGAAAUAGCCCACAAAUGGCCUCGUUGUCCGCCGUGUGAAUCUUAGGAGGCACACAUCAUUAGAGGGCCACCUCGUCGUUAUAACACCUUCCUUAUUUCACAUUUUAUGAGUAUUAAACACAUUUAAUCAUUAGUUAAUUGAUGUAUAAUCUUCGCUACACAACUUGCUCAUUAAGUCAUCAUAUACUUGCUACUACUUACUAUAAAUAUGAUCGAGUCGAGUCGAGUCCAUAAUACAUAUAUACAUCUCGAUCGAGUUAUAUACAUAUCGAUCUGCUCUCUGUGUCUUGGUGAGAGAAGAUGGGAGUUCUUGAUUCUCUUUGCGAUUAUAUCUCCGACUACUUCCACGUCUCCAGAAAAAGGAGGAAGCGUAAAGUCAUGCAGACGGUGAAUAUAAAGGUCAAAAUGGACUGCGACGGCUGCGAACGCAGAGUCAAGAACGCUGUUUCCUCCAUGAAAGGGGUAAAAUCGGUGGAAAUGAACAGAAAGAUACACAAAGUGACGGUGAGUGGUUACGUGGAACCGAAGAAGGUGUUGAAGAGAGUCGAAAGGACAGGAAAAAAGGCGGAGAUUUGGCCGUACGUUCCGUACAACGUGGUGGCAUAUCCGUACGCAGUCGGAGUCUACGACAAGAAAGCUCCGGCCGGUUUUGUGAGGAAGUCGGAACAGUCGCAGCCGUUUCCCGGAGCUCCUGACGACAAGAUUAUGUCUCUUUUUAGUGACGAGAACCCCAACGCUUGCACCGUUAUGUAAUAAACAAAUUAGUAUUUACCAAACGCAUGUAACACGUUGAGUUAAGUAAAUUGUCUCCUUUUCUCUUUUUGUAAUCAUGUGUAUGCAAAAAUGAAGAAUCAACUAGUGUAAAUUAU